AACUUAACCGAAUUUAAACUAAACCGUUAUUAUUCUAAUUUGAUAUGAUUGUAAUUAGGGUUGUGAGACAUUCAUUGUUAUCGGAGCGAUAGAAAGAGAGAGAGAGAGAGGAUGGUGACGAAGGAACAGGUGGAAGCUUCGCUGACUUCGAAACUCAAGCCUAUUCAUCUCGAAGUCAAUGACAUAUCUGGAGGUUGCGGUUCGAGUUUUGAAGUCGAGGUUGUCUCUGAACAAUUCGAAGGGAAGAGAUUGCUGGAGAGGCACCGUAUGGUGAAUGCUGCACUUGAAGAAGAAAUGCAGGAGAUUCAUGCUCUUUCUAUUAAGAAAGCUCAGACCCCACAACAAUGGAAACCUUCACAAGACUCUGCUACUCAAGCUAAAGACGCUUGAAACUCUGUUUUUAAGGUUUUGUGAGAAAAGAACAAGAGCAUGACUAUGUUUGAUACUUUUCGUGGUUACUUGCAAAUCUACAAGACUAUUUUUAUGCGAGUUUCAGUUUAAUUUCUUGUAAAACGGUUUCAAUUGGGCUCAGAUCAGUUUAAUAGUACUAUUGGACAUCCAUAACU